AUGCACCCAUACAGAUCCGGCCGCGUAUCCUGGGGAAUGCUCACGCUCAUUGUCGUUGCGUGGGAAGCCCUUGCAAUGCCAUUGCUGUUGUUUGACCUCGGUGAGCUCAGCAACACACUGAGCAGCAUCACCGGAGCCAUGCUUGGCUUCUGGAUUGUGGACAUCUGCAUCAAUUGCAUCACGGGUGUCGAUCGGGGAGGUGUAAUUGACUUGAGCUUCAAAACUGCCUUCCGAGUGUACGCAACCACAUGGAUGUUGCCUGACAUAGUGAUUGUUGCUCUGGACGUCGUGGUCCUAGCGGCUCUCUCAGACGAUACAGCAGGAGACACGGCCACAUCUGCAGGAAGCCAGGGCAUGAGGCUUGCUCGUGCUUUGCGGCUGCUCCGGCUGAUACGGCUCCUACGAAUAUACAAAGCAUCAUCGGCGGCCAAUUUCCUCGUCGAUUAUAUCCGUUCGCCUUCUUUGCUGAUUGCUUCGAAAAUUGCCUGGACUCUGCUGACAAUUCUGUUCAUCAACCACUACAUCGCUUGUGGAUGGUGCGCAAUUGCGUAUUUCAACGUGGACACUUGGACGUGGAUCCUGGCAUCUAACCUGGAGGAAGCAAGCUUCCUGGAACUGUACCUGUCGUCGUUACACUGGAGUCUGACGCAGUUCUCACCAGCGACAAACAACAUUGCACCACAGAAUGUCCUUGAGCGCAGCGUGGCGGCCUUCGUGGUGAUAUUUGCGCUGUUGGUGUUCUCUUCCUUCGUCAGCAGCAUUACGAACCACAUGAACCAGUUGCGCAUUACCAACAUGCGCAUGAUCGAGGAAGACAUGCAGCUGAGGAAUUUUUUUGAGAAGCGGAUGAUUUCUGUGGACUUGAGCGGCCGAAUUCAGCAUUUGUUCAAGAAAGGAACCGGGCUUCACAUGAGGCGGCCACAUGUUGGAGACAUCCCAUUCCUCAAGGAUAUGCCAGAGAGUUUGCGCAUACACCUUCACAACGAGCUGUAUAUGCGGCAUUUCUACGACACGCCUGUCUUCAGCAAGACCCUUCCACUGGACCGGACGCUCUUCUCCAAGAUCUGCCACCAUGCAUUUGAGGAGCGAUUCUAUCCGGCAUCGUUCGAAGUUUUUGUUGAUGGCAGCAAUGCGAAAUUCGCCGUGAUCAAUGUGAAUGGUGACCUCAGCUAUUCCUGGAUGCAAAGUGCAUGGGAUACACCUCCUUCAGGCCGCCAGGGGAACCUGAUGGGCAACGCAACGACCAUGGUCAAGGUGCCGCUGGGCGCCUGGCUAGCUGAAGCAGUACUCUGGAGUGAAUGGGUACAUCGCGGCCUACUCGAGUCAGCCUCUCCCAGUGAGAUUCUUUUGCUGGACGUCAGCAGUUUCACCUACCAGUGCCACAACCACGGCGGACCCGUUUACAACCUCCUGAGGAGGGUGGCCGUGCUUGCGAUAGCACAUCGCGAGCAGCUCAGUCGGGCCACGGCAGUAACGGACUUGCCCCUCAGUGAUUUCGCUUGGAAGAACAUCCUGGAGCGAGCAAUGAAGCUGCAGACGAUGAACACGGUCAUCAAUGCCAUGACGCGUAUUUCGCUGAAGCGACCGCUCUAA